GAUACUCACCUAGCCAUUCUGUUCUGCAUUACAAUCAUUUUCUCAGACAUAUGAGUAUUUUCGCGUUUCAGAUUUAAGUAUUUUGUUUAUUCUAUGUAUCUCUUGACAAAGACAUUUGGAAUUGAACAUGGGAGGGUAAUUCAACACCCCUAACCAGGCGGAAUUUUUGAAUUGGUGCUUUGUAAGUGAAGAUGGUUAUUGCCCGGGCUAAAGAUGGCAAUCCAUCCACAAGGUUUUAUGAAAAUCCGGAGAUAAUCGCUACCUUUGAUCCAGUGAGGAUGUGGUUGACCAGAAAUCACAAAAAGUACACGCAAACCGAGCCUCCUACCAACAAGAGCCUGGCUACUUUAUGCUUCCAAUUGCUACAGUUUCAAGAAGCAAACUUCACAAGCAGCUCCAGGUCUUUCAUGAGAAUUCCUUUUAAGUGUUUCAUGGACUUCAAGCCUGGUGGAGGAUUAUGCCACAUAUUCCUAACUUGUUUCAAGUUCCGUCACGAAAAUAACUGGAAGAAAAUUGAUCUCGCUUCAUCUUCUAGAACAGAUAAGCAUAUGGAAAUGUUUUCUGUGAUUGAACGAGAGCUUAUUGCGUAUAAAUGUAUGGAGAGACCUGUGAUUUACAUAUCUCCCACUGUUGAAAAGAACUUAAAUAACAGGCUACGAGAAUGUGCUAAACGCUUAAAUGUCUCUGUAGUGGAGUCAGCUUCUGAAGCUACACAUAUUUUACAUCCACCACCUUCAAACUGGUCUGGAGACAGUCGAGAUGAUUUUCACGUUCAACGAUUCCGUGUUAUGUUUCACGAAGGUCGAGGAGUUCUUCUACACUGGUUAUACUCACCCGCUUCGCAUACCACUUGGUAUACUGGUAAGUCCAUAAUGGCAUAUAGAUAACUUUUAAUAAUUAUGUUAUUAACUAAUGCAUGUGUAGGCUAUUAAACAAAGAGAUGUGCGUCUCAUUCCACCCCGGCUAAUAAUGGAGCAGUAAGGUAUUGCAUAUAUUCCUAUAUGCGAAGGCUAUUCAUAGUCUGUUUUUAACCUCUAUGUGUAAAUUUCUCUUAUCUGAACUAUACUCACUAACGGUUACGCGUAGAAAUUUGGAUUUCGCUUUGCUAAUUCCCCACCCCCAAAGUCUACAGUAUGAAUGGUCUCCUGAGACUGAAUCACCUUUUCAACUUGAAAAUGUUCGUCCAUGGGAAGUAGACGCUCGUUGGCUUUUAUAUUCUGAUGAAGCAUAUGAAUGGAUGAUUGAAGAGGAUUUCUUAGUCUCAGGUUCUGUUAAGCCUAGACAGACAUACUCACCGGAUGAGUUUAUGGCGAUAAAUACAGCAUCAGGUGUGAAUAGUAGUUCUUCAUCUUCUCAAUUCAGUAGUUCAUUUACACCAUCAUCACACCCAGAUAAUAGUGGAAGUAAGAAAAAACGUCGUCGAUCACCUUCUCCAUCAGCAUCAGAUUUAUAUCAACCAAAUGCGAGUGGUAAAAAACGACGUCCUGGUUCAUCUAUCACCGGUUCUCAUGAACGUUCAAAUCGUGGUCCAAGUGGGCAUGGAUCAUCUCGUAAAAUUCGAAAAGAGGCCACUGUAACCUUGUUCGGGCACACAGAUGAAGAUGAAUCUUCAUGUCAUACUGGUCCACAAGAUCCUAAUAAAGAUGAUACUAAUGAUACAGAUAUUACGAAAGAUUUUGAUGAUCCAGAACCACCGAACAAAGUGACGCCGAUAACAACACCAGCUGCUAAUGGUUCUGGGUUCAAUGCAUCCCGAUCAACACGAACUGGCAACAACAAUAAUAGCAAUAACAUUUUGCAUAGUGGUGCCGGUGGUGGUGGCGAUCUAGGUACUGGAAGAUCACUGUUUGAUCUAGAUGAAGACAAUGAUACAGGUGACGGUGUAGAUGGUGGAAUCAAUGAAUAUCAUGCGGGGAUGAGUGGAGUCGGUGAUUUAGGUCCUGGUGGGACAUCGAAUCAAGGUGAUGAAGGCAGUCGACAAGGUGGAAUUCAUACUGAUUUGAGUGUUACAGAACAAGCUCAUUGUAUAGUGAUACCAUCGUAUUCCGCCUGGUUCGAUUAUAAUGCUAUUCAUGGGAUUGAACGUCGUGCACUACCGGAGUUUUUCAAUGGUCAGAAUAAAAGUAAAACACCAGAAGUGUAUUUAGCAUAUCGUAAUUUUAUGGUUGAUACGUAUCGAUUGAAUCCGCAGGAAUAUCUUACCUUCACAGCAUGUCGACGUAAUCUUACCGGUGACGUGUGUUCUAUCCUACGUGUACACGCCUUUUUAGAACAAUGGGGCCUAAUUAAUUAUCAAGUGACAGCUCCAUUGACAACAUCAACUAGUGGUAGUGGUACACUGGGUGUAUCAGGUGGGGCAACAGAAGCAGCACGACUAGCUGUAGCAGCGAGUUUAGGUCCCCCGAGUACAGCACAUUUUCAUAUUCUGGCGGAUAGUGCCAGUGGGCUACAACCGAUUGGUAAUCAAAAUGUUGUUGCAACAAGCACAAUUGUGUCAACUAGUGGUGGGGCAACAACGACGACAACUUUGACGGAUGGUGGACAAUCUGGUGUUAAAGACAAUAAUACUAGUAAUAAUGGUAGUAGUAAUAAUAACGUGAAUGCUGCCGCGGCUACCUCUAUUACUUCUACAAAUAAUGAAGUUAUUACAGUAUCUACCAGCUCAAUUAAACCAGAAUCACAAGGAAGUGAAUUCACUGGGACCUCGGUAACGACAUCAUCAGCCUCCACAACAUCGGCAGAAACAGUCAACACUACACUACCUACUGUCUCAACAACAACAACAGCUGCCAACAAUUCUAGUGCUACAAACAUUACUGCUACUACUACUAAUAAUAAUAAUGCUAACCAAGUAGGAGUAAAUAAAUUACCGACAAUUGGUGAUCCAAGUUUACGAACAGAUCAAUAUCUGGCAAAUGCAAGUAUUAAUAAAACCACUGGUGGUUUACUAGAUAAUCGUAGUCAGUCUGCCAGUGCUACUACUACUGCAACGGCUACAUCAGAUACAGCGCCAGCACCACCAACACCACAACAGGCAACAGUUGUUAAUACUAAACUGCUUAAAGGUGCUACACAAAGUGGUUGGACAGAUCAAGAGACUUUGUUACUCCUGGAGGCUUUAGAACUAUAUCGUGAUGAUUGGAAUAAGGUUGCUGAACAUGUCGGUAGUCGUACUCAAGAAGAGUGUAUUUUGCAUUUCUUACGCCUACCGAUUGAAGACGCCUACCUUGAAGGCACAGAUCCCAUCUUGAAUUUAACCUCUCUAGCUAACGCAAGUCAUCCUACACCACCAUUUUCAAAGACAGUAAAUCCAAUCCUGUCGACAGUCGCCUUUUUAGCCGCUGCUGUAGAUCCACGUGUCGCAGCAGCUGCCGCUCAAGCAGCACUCACCGAAUAUGCUAAAAUGCGUGAUGAAGUCCCUGCAGGUUUACUACGUGAGCAUAAAGCACGCGUUGAGGCAGCUGUAAAAUUAGGUCAUCCCGUAGAUCCACAGAAAUUUGGUUUAGAUGAAGUCGGUGGGAGUAAAGUCAACGAGGAGUUGGAGAAACCUUGUCCACUGCCGCCGAGCAGUGUUGUUGUUCCCAAUGAAAAGUCAAUGGAACAAAUAAUAUCCGUUGAAAAUGAAGCUAAAGAAAUCGAACAUAAGGAAAGUACUCCAAUAGACAUCACUACUAGUAGUACAGUUGAUGAAUUAACUUCUGAAAAUAAGCCUAAAAGUCCUGAGGCGACGGCUUCAUUGCUCCCUAAACCUGAAGAAUGUAAAAUGGAUACUGGUGAAUGUCAAGAGACGGCUGAUGUUAAUAAAGCUGAACCAAUGAUUAUUGAAGAACAAGAGACUAAAGGGGAAACUGAUGAAGCCACCGGAGUUACGCAGACAAAACCUGGUGAACAACAGCAGUCGACAGUUGAAUCAAUUCCACAUUUAGUAGAACAACAAUCUGAACCUGUCGUAUCAGAAGCAACUACGGCUAUCAACGCCAAUGCUGCCGCUGCUGCUACUGCCGCUACAUCGGUUGUACCAGAAUCAGAGAAGUCGUCGUCAGCUGAUCAGCAACCACAAUCGCAAUCACAACAAGCAGAAACAAGUGAAAAGAGUGCUGCCGCUGCCGGUGGUGCCACAAACUCAUUACCACCGAAUCCGGAUAGUUUGGGCACAGCUGCUGCGUGUGCGCUAGCCGCUGCUGCUAUCAAAGCACGACAUUUAGCCAGUGUUGAAGAGAAGCGUAUCAAGGGGUUAGUUGCUCAGCUAGUGGAAACACAAUUGAAAAAGUUGGAUAUUAAACUUAAACAAAUUCAGGAGUUGGAGAGUAUCAUGGAAAGAGAAUAUGAAAUGAUUGAACAAAUGCGUCAACAGUUGCUUCAAGAACGUCAAGCAUUUCAUAUGGAAGUGAUUAAGACAAUGGAGAAUCGUGCUAGAUCUUUAGUACACCAUCACCAUCAACAACAACAACAACAGCAGCAGCCACAACCACAGGGUGUUGGUGGUGGUGGCGUUGUUGUGCCUCAACAACAACAGCAACAACAGCCGCCGGCCGCGCUACCACCUCAACCCUUACAACCGCAACCACAGCUACAAGCACAACAACCACAACACCCUUUACAAUCCACUUAUGUUCCUCAGGGUAAUGCAUAUCCAGUGAAUCAGAUUACGCAUAUAAAUCAAGUACAGGCACAACAACCACAUCAACAACAACAAUUGCAACCAGGUGCGCAUAUUAUUCAGCAGCAACAACAGCCGCAACAGAUACCUCCUACAUAUUCACCACAAGUUCCAUCGAUACCUAAUGAUCCAAGAUUAUUGUUGAACAAUAAUCCAACAGCUACAGGAAACUUGUCUGUCUAUCCACCAGCACCGUCAGCACUACCACCAGCACCGCCACAGAGUUAUCCUUCGACUGUACAGCCAUCACCACUACAACAGCAACAACAACAACAACCUCUAGCACCACCGUCAUCCACCUCCUCGUCGUCAUCAUUACCAUCGCCUAAUCAACAACCUCCAUCAGUUGGGCAUACUUCACCGACUCCAACUCAACUGAUUCAACAUCAUCCACGUGAAGAGUGUCAAACAGCAGUCAAUCAAUCCUUACCACUGCAGGCAUCAUCAAUGCCUAAUACUGCUAAUAAUCCACCACCACAAAUGGAUACAGUGGCUGAAGUUUGGUCUAGUUCUGUAUAUCCACCGCCGACAACGAUGCCAACAGCACCAGCGCCACCACUACCAACAACAACACCAUCAUCAAUGGAGCCACCGCAUACUAUUCGUCAAUUUAUUGAACCAUCUUCUAGAGAUAAUCCCAUGCUGCUGCCGGUACCAAAUAUCACUUUGACGCUAUCUCAAAAUGUCAGUCAUCCAUCUGAUACCGUGACGACAGCAACAACUAACACUAGUGUCUUAGCGAAUAGUUUAACCUCUAAACAACCAUUGUCUACUCAACCUGUUAGUUCUGGUGGUGGUGUUGUUGUUGUUGGCGGCAGUGGAGAUGGGUGUAGUGAGGCGGCGUCAGCACCAGGAGUUUUUCAAUCUACUGAACACCAUCCCCACCACCAAGAACAGCAACAUCAAGUCUCAUCGAUAGAAGUGAACUCGUGUACUGUUGCUAGCCUCCUUUCAGAUGAUAAUAAUAAUGCGAAUAUAGAAGUUCCAGAAGCCUCUGUAACUGCAUCGGUUGCUGCCACUGUCGCUGCGACUACUACUACUACUGCUGCUGCUGAGGGUAGUGGUAGUCCAUCGGUGCCAUCGGACAAUAAUCCGUCACUAGCACCUCCACCAACACCGCAAACACAAACACAACCUGAAUUGAGUGGUCCUACGAAAAAAGAAGAAGAACAAGGUAACAUUCAUCAAGCGGAGUAAUAGCAUAUACAUAUGUAUCACUUCUGGAUUGUCUAUUUUACGGUCGUACACUACACUACACCACUAGUUCUCUGGUGUGUGUGUGUGUGCACGCGCGCGUAUCGCAUUCUCUUUUCUCAUAUUACUGUAAUGUGUUGGUGACACGUUUUAGUCAACUUUCAUUGUGUUGUUCCUUUAUUUUCCCCCUCUCGUUGUAAUCAAAUGCCAUCUUCGUUCGCCAACACACACAUACAUACAUACAUAUAUGUAUAUCCCCAUUGUGUUUACGUCCAUCACUCUGUUUCGCUUUUUUGAAUAUUCAAAUUUUUAAUAUGUGUUUUCAUUUGGGUUUGUGCAUUUAUUAAAACAAAUGUCACUACAUCACCCCCCACACACCCGCCCACUGUUUAUCGUUUUUAUUAAUCAAAAUAAUAAUAAUAAUAAUA